UCUCAAUCGCUUGAGGGAGACCCGCCACACGUGGCGGACGGGAAUGUCAGCGGCUAAGAGGCGCGUCUUGCGCGUGUUCACGACGUCCUCGAGGAGGGCGAACCCGUACACUUUAAAGUACGUUUGGCGAAACAAAGCGUUGAGCGCGACCUUGAUGUAGUGGUUGAUGCCCACAACAUACUGGUCGUUGAUGAUCACAAACCCGAGCAGCCACACUCCGGACGCAGACACAAAGAUCUGCCCGCCAUCGUACACAUAGUCCUUUGUGAACGCGACGAACCCAUAGAUGUUGCCGACGAUGCUGCCGGCACAGCGCUCGACGUUGGCGUUCUCCGUGUCGGCAGCGUUCAGCUCCAUGUACAACGUCGAACGCUUGGUCCAGUGGAUUUGGGGCGACAGCUCCCGCGCGACGCCGAUUUGGCAGUUGCCAUGUCGGGCGUUCAGGCGCGAUCGGCCAACAUGCACGAGGUACAUGACCAACGGUUUCACAUGAUGCCAUUUCAAGUGCCGAAUCGUCGACAGGACUUGGCGCGCCAUUGGCUUGUGCCGGGUGUCCCAUAGUUUGAACAGCACCACGUACAAGAUACUGGCUCCAAUCGCCACGAUCAAGUACGUACAUUCGUUGGCAAUAAGCCAAAAGUUGGUGUUGUCGUUCUCAUGGUACGCCCACAAAUCCAUCGCGCCAUGCCCCGUGGGCAAGAUGUUUUCAAAGUAGUUUUGCUUGAUGAACGGUGUGACCCGUGCGGCACAGAGCCCCAUCGCUUUGAUCAAGUCUUGGCGGAGGUAGUAGCACAGCGCGUAGAUCAUCACGACGGUGACCAGCUGGACGCGGACGCGGAGCGCAUUCGCGGCCACAAACGUCGUGGCCAGCACCACCAUGAGCCCGUCCGCCCGGGAGAUUUCGUUGAAGUCUAGCGUGCCGCCCCACUUGUUGCGCACACUGCCCUGGUUCACUGCCCACUGGUGGGGGUACCACCAUCCGUUCAUGAUACAAUCGAGAAGCAACAACAACGCUCGAAUCGACGCCCGCGACUGAAUCGACGGGUAGAUGUCGGGCACCCAGAACACGCCUGUGAACAUGUACAUGUUGUACAUGACCAGGAACGCCACGCCCGUGUUGAUGGCAAUGUUGAACCCGAUGCCAACGCCGAGGAAGCAUCGAAACCACCCCCACGUGUCUUUGAACACUUUGACGCCUUGAAACUGGAUCGUCGACGCAAACGUAAUCGGGUCGGACGGAAGGUCCCAGUAAAAGUAGUUGAAACUCGCUUGGAUGUCGGGCGCCCGCCGGUAGAUGCCCGUGGUGCCAGAAAACACAAACGCUUCGUUGGUCGCGAUGAUCCGGGCGUGCCAUUGCCCGUCGGGGGGCACGAGCGAGUCGAGGGCGAUAGGCUCAAACGCCUCCCACUCGUACGGAAACAAAAACCCCAUCGCCGUCUCGUACGUGGCAGGCUGCGAGGACUUGACGGUGACGCCAUCGACCGUCAUGGAGGCCAGCGCCAUCGUUGUAAACAUAGCGACGCCGCCCGAAGUCCGACGCUGCUUGGCCGGCCGGUGGAUGCUCAGCACCUGCAGCAUGAACGUGGAAAAUGUUUGCACUUGGCGGUCCACCAGGUAGAGCAUCAGCACAGUCGUGUCUUCAAAUUUGCGGCCCUCAUACCCACAGUCGAGCACGACCCAGUGAUUCGUGAGGUUCCACGACGGGUACGCGGCCAAUGCGUACUUGAGGACGUCGUGCAGAUACGACGGCUUGUACAAGUAGUCGAUGCCUGACGGGGAGUUGCAGCUGGUGGUGGUCACUGUGACAGAGUGAAACACGGCCGACCACAACGAGGAGGACGAGGUGACGGUGGUAGCCUUGUCUAGGUACCCGACAAACGACUGGUUCUGCGGUUUAUUAGCGUCCAGCGUUUCGAAUGCUGUCCGGACGAGCCCGGGGGUCGACACGAGGAUGGGCAGGAACAACUGGGUUACAAGGGGACUCGUGUACGAGAUUGUCUUGGUCGGGGGCGUUGACACCCCCACGAGCAGCCGCUUGUUCGAGUCGGAGCCUGUGUACUCGCAGAAGAAGACGAUGCCAGCUGCGACACAGGCCAGGGCCCGACUCGCUAAAAACAUGAGCUUCCGCACACGGCGGCGGAGAGACGGCAUGGUGCUAACUAAGGUGGUGAUGGUGGCGGUGAUGACCC